GCUGGAGUGUCGGUUUUGUUUAAAUUAAUAUAUGUUUUAGAAUCUUCAAAUUUUGUAUUACGAUGAGUUCUGUCUGAAAGUGAAGUGUCAAGUCGAAUUAUUUGUGCAAAAGACAUACGCGUAAAACAUAAAGCAAGCAGUGAAAAACAGUCUAUACAAGAGGCAUUUUGUUCCGUACGGGCAUUUUCUGGCUCGCUCCACUUCAUAAUGUGGGACUCGUCCGUUUUUCUUAGUACACUUACUCCGAAGUUUUACGUGGCUUUGACUGGAACGUCUAGCUUGAUUUCUGGUUUGAUUCUAAUCUUCGAAUGGUGGUACUUCCGAAAGUAUGGAACAUCGUUUAUUGAGCAAGUUUCAAUCAACCACAUCAGCCCAUGGAUUGGCGGUGGGGAAACGUCUGCCGAGGGCAGCACUAGUCCGACACCGACGACGCAGAGCAUGCCCGAAUGCAAGGUUUGGCGCAAUCCGUUGAAUCUUCUACGUGGAGCAGAAUAUCAGCGUUUCUAUUGGGCGACCCAAAAAGAGCCACUAACAUUCUACGACAUGAAUCUCUCCGCUCAGGACCAUCAAACGUUUUUCACUUGUGAAGGUGACGCCGGAAAAGCGGAAUAUGAAAUCAUGCAAACAGCGUGGCGCGAACGAAACCCGAUGGUACGCAUAAAAGCCGCAAACAAUGCAAUUGAAAUCAAUCCGGAUUGUGCCCCGGCGUACAUUCUAUUGGCAGAAGAGGAAGCAACGACCAUUGUUGAAGCGGAGCGUAUUCUUCGUACUGCGCUGAAGGUUGCUGAAGGAAACUAUAAAAAAUCACAAGCCGUCCAGCAUCAAGGACCGAUUAUGGAAGGCAUUUUCCGGCGUGACACUAAUGUAUUAAUUUACAUUAAACGACGACUAGCCAUGUGCGCCCGGAAAUUGGGUAAGUUAAAGGAAGCAGUAAAAAUGUUUCGCGAUCUUACGAAGGAGAUUCCUCCUAUAAUGAAUGUGUUGAAUAUCCACGAGAAUUUACUAGAGGCUUUACUGGAAAUGCAAGCAUACGCAGACUGUCAAGCGGUUCUUGCCAAAUACGACGACAUCUCUCUUCCCAAAUCAGCAACCAUAUGUUAUACCGCCGCUCUGCUCAAAGCUCGAGUCGUAGCUGAAAAGUUUUCCCCGGACAUCGCUUCCAAGCGAGGAUUAACUCCAGCGGAAAUGAGUGCAGUCGAAGCAAUACAUCGUGCGGUCGAGUUCAAUCCUCAUGUGCCCAAGUAUCUACUUGAAAUGAAGCAAUUAAUCCUUCCUCCCGAACAUAUUCUGAAACGUGGAGAUUCAGAGGCUUUGGCGUAUGCAUUCUUCCAUUUGCAGCACUGGAAAAACGUCGAAGGGGUGUUAAAUCUAUUGCAUUGCACCUGGGAAGGCACAUUUAGAAUGCUUCCAUACCCACUUGAACGCGGACAUUUAUUCUAUCCGUAUCCAACGUGCACGGAAUGCGCCGACCGGGAGCUUUUGCCCACCUUUCACGAGGUUUCGGUUUAUCCGAAAAAAGAACUGCCCUUCUUUAUACUUUUUACGGCUGGUCUCUGCUCAAUAACGGCUCUGCUCGCUUUACUGACUCAUCAGUAUCCGGAGUCGAUGGGAAUUUUUGCCAGUACCACUCUCAAUUGGUUUUCGCUGCCGUUUCACUUUGUUAAGGAACGCAUCGAAACCAUUUGGCCAUGUAAUCUGCUUCAGCAUUUGUCACGAAUUUAAACGUUUUAACCCGAUCGUGUUCUGUUUAUCGUACUGCCCAGCCUGUCGCAAACGUGAGCUCUCCCAUGUCCCGUUUUAUAGAUUAGAAGAUUGACAGUUCUGUUUUUUGCCUGACUAAACCGUAAGUAAGCCAUAAUGAAAUCGUAUCUUUUAAUUCGAUGGAAUUGAUAUUUAUUAUCCGGAAGAAAAAACAUGACAGUAGCGGGCAGGAAUGUGUUUCAACUACAAUAUGUACUCUCUAAUAUUACCGAACGCUACUUAAAUACGCAAAACCAUAAAAAUACUACUUAAGAGUCGAACCUGUAGAUUCAAGAUAACUGUAAAGUGUAGGACCUAUCACAAUUCGUCGUCUUGUUAUGUGUAUUUGUGGUGAAAUGAUGAGAACUAAAUAAAACAACAGAUCGGCACAGUGAAGGCACAAGUCA